CACAGCGGCCCAAAUCGACCCCGCCGAGCAACCAUGUAAAAAAAAGCAAAAGGGCGACAGCAGCAACGCGCGAGGAACGAUGUUUUCUCGGGGAAGCAGCAGCAAGGCGUACGCCGACAUCUCCUCCUCCUCCGAGGAGUCGUCGAGCACCGAGGGAAACCCGCCGGCCGCCGCCGACGCCGCCGCCGCCCCGAAGCCGCCUCCUCCACCUCCACCUCCUCCGACGUCGAACAAGCCGCUCGCGCUCCGAGUCAUCUGCUGCUUCCACGGCUGCCUCCGGUCGCGGCUCUACGCGGACACCGUGCUGGGCCGGUCCGUGGCCGAGCUCGAGGUCGUGUACAACGUCAGGCGCGAGUUCAUGCCGUACGUCCUGCUCGCGGUGCUGCUCCUGUCGUUCCUGAUCGGCGCGUUCGGCCGCCACGCGAGCAACCUGGUGUGCGUCCCGUACCCGGCCCUCCUGUCCGUCGUCUCCGUGGACAGCAACGUGCGCCAGCGCUACGUCAAGUGGAUCACCUACUGGAUGGUCUUCGGCCUCGUCAACCUCGGCGACGCGCUGUGCCCCCUCGUGAGCCGCGUGGUGCCCCAGUACCACCUGUGGCGAACGCUGUUCCUCGCCUGGUGCUUCUGCCCGUACAAGUGGAACGGCUGCAAGCUGAUUCGGGAGCGCCUCUACACCGCCAGGAACCUGAGGAUCGUGAGGGUCGUGGCGUACGUGUUCUACGAAGGCGCCCGCGUGGUGACGGCUCGGUGACCGCGUCUGCGAAACGUGCAGCGCCAGGUCUGAAGCUAUAGCUUGUGGAUUACAAGGAGGACAUCACGCACGAAAAAAAGAAAUACAAUAAAGGGGCAACUUCUUCUUAUA